AUGGCCCAAACACCAAAGAACAAGGCCGCCUGGCUGCCUGGCUCCAAAGUAGCGCCGCUUCAAAUCAACCCAGCGCCGUACACAUCACCCGGGCCUCACCAGAUUGUGGUGAAGAACAGUGCACUGGGCAUCAAUUCGGUCGACUGGGCUAAGCAGAUGCUCGGCGAAGCCUUGCUAGGCCACAUCAGCUAUCCCUUCAUUCUUGGCGAGGACGUGGCCGGCACCGUUGUCGAGGUUGGCGAAGGCGUAGAGCGCUUCCGUGUCGGCGACCGUGUUGUAGCUGCGGCUGCUGCCAUAUCCGUCAACAGCUCCCUCGAGGGCGGUUUCCAGCUAUACACAGUCAUCCGCGAGUGGCUGGCCGCACCGCUGCCAGAUAGUAUUACCUUCGAGCAGGCCAGCGUGCUCCCGCUGGCCCUCUUCACAGCCGCUCAUGGCCUUUUUGACGCCGGAUAUCUGGGCCUUAACUUACCCACCGUGCCCGCACAUCAAUCCAGCAGCGGCAAGCGUGCUGUCAUCAUCACCGGUGGCUCAUCCGCUGUUGGAAGCACCGCCAUCCAGCUGGCAGUGUCCGCCGGCUACGAGGUUGUGUCGACGGCGUCGCCCAAGAACUUCGACUACGUCAAGAAGCUCGGUGCUACCCACGUGUUUGACUACAAGAGUGACACCGUGAUCGAUGACAUCAGUGCCGCUGUCAAGGGAAUCCACCUUGCCGGUGGCUACUCUAUCGGCGAUGGCUCUAUCGACCUGCUGGCCGGCGUCCUGGCUAAGUACGAGGGCCCUUCUGUCAAUAAAGUCAUUGCUCUCGCUGGCGGCCAGCCUGGGGGCGCCAGUAUUGACCCGAGUAUCCAGGUCAAGUUCAUCCUGCUCGGCCCGGACGCGGCCGGCUCUGACUCUGUCGUGAGCAAAGUCUACACGAGCUACCUCCCGGGGGCACUCGCCAACAGGCAGUUUGUGCCAGCACCUGAGGCGGUCGUUGUAGGCAAGGGACUGGAAAAGAUCCAGGAGGCUUUUGGGAUCCACAUGCAGGGAGUUUCAGCAAAGAAGAUUGUUGUGUCACUGUGA